ACCAUAAAUUAAGAGAGAGCUUCUGAAAGUCAUGGCGAACCACACUGAUGAGAUGACUUACUCUUUUGAGAUAGACAACUUCUCCCAAAGGAAUACUAUAUUUAGGACUCCAAUAUUCUCAACCCGAUCCUGCAACUGGUUUGUUUACGUAUAUCCCAAGGGAGAUAAAAUUAGUAAAAAUAUGUCUCUGUGGCUAAAAGUUCCAGAUCCUCUCUUACGGCCUUUGUGUUGGUCGAGACAGACAUCGUUUCGCUUCGUCGUUGUCAACCCAUCCGACGUUAACAGUUCCCGAAGUUUCAAAUCUAUUGACCCCAUCUUUAACAAGGGACAGCCAUUCUGGGGUUUUAGAACGGACUUGAGUCUUUCCAAACUUCAAGAGGGAAAAUUUCUUGUGAACGACAAACUCAAAAUUGAAGUCUACAUAGGUGGUAUCUCUGUUCAUGGUGGACUAGAUCCACAUGUGUUACCCGAAAAGAAGAAGGAGACCGUGUGUGUCAAUGGCUUCCAAGUUCUUGAUUCUCAAGUAAAGUCAGCAAAGUGGAUUUUUGAGACUUACCCGGAAACAGCAUUGUAUAUUCAACCACAAGAUCCACAGCUUAAGACAGCAUACAUGAACAUUCUCCUCAGAAUCUACGAGAAACUAUAUAACAGUCCUCUUGAGAAGCUCACCGAGGGUGAACUAAGUAACAUUUCCAAGGGUUUGCUUGAUCUGACACAAGCUGGUUUUAAGCUGGAAUGGUUGAGGGAAAAGCUUGAGAAGGUUUCCCUGGAGAGGAAGAAACUAUCUGGUUAUGAAGCUCAGGCUAAAGAACUUGAGAAACAGUUGAAGAGUCUUGAGCUGAUGAUGUGUAAUCUCAAAGCUGAGAUCAAGUUGAAAGCCGAGAGCUAAUUAUAUUAUGAUAUUUGGUUAGGUAUUUCUAGUUUUCAUUAUAUCUUAUGAUUUAUUCUUUUUUUGUCU